GGACUGCCCUGCUUUUGGGGCUCUCUCUUCACAUUUACUUCCCCGUCUCUCCCCUGGCUUCUGACGACUACCCAAAAAAAUCUCAUCAAUCCCAUUCUGCUUCCUCUUCUUCUCUUUCUCAUUUAAAGCUUCCGUCUUUAAUGAUUCUACAUCUCCAUUUCUUUUAUCACUGCGGCAGUGCUCUCUCAAAGCUGGCUGUCUCUUUUCCUUUCUGAUUCUGGGUUUUGUGUGUGUUUGGAGAUGGGGAGGACUCCUUGCUGCGACAAAGAUGAAGUGAAAAAGGGAGCUUGGAGCUCUGAGGAAGACCAAAUUCUGUUUGAUUACAUCAACAAGCAUGGCCAUGGUAGCUGGCGUACCCUUCCUAAGAAUGCAGGUAUGUCCUUCCUUCCCUCUCUCUCUCUCGCUUUCUCUCAGAUUGGCUUUUGGGUUUGUUGAGAGUAAAGACAGAAUCGCAAAAAGACUUCAUCUUUUUGGCAUUUUCCUUUCACUGUGCUAAGCUCUCUUACUCUGCCCCCAUCACCCGCACGAUUUGGCCUUCUCGUGAAAUCUCUGUCUUUCUUUAGUUGUUUGCUUUCCCCCCUUUUCACUGUCAGUUUCUGUCUUGCUUUACUUCAGAAACUGUUUAUGUUAGGGUUUGGUGGUUUGGAAGAAUUGGGCUACUUGAUGAAAUUGGGAGGGAAACCAUCUAUUACUAGGAUGAGUAGUGUUGUGUACCAUGUUUGUGAAACCAUAUUGGAGUUCCAAUCAGUGAGUCUAGUUAGUUCAAUCGGUGAGACUAAUCAGUCAAGAGUAAUUGAACAUUAUGGUCUUCAGCAAUCAUAGAGUCACUUGAUUAUGAAGAGUCAUUUAUCUCGAUUGUGGAAUGAUAUCGGGGUUCAGAUCGGUGAGUUCGAAUGCUUUGAAGUAACAAGCACAACAAUAUAGAGGAUGUUCAAUGGGACAAACUAACGGUUCAAGUCGUAUACAUAGUAGAAUCAUCAUACGAUCUUGUUAGCUUGCUCAUUGCUACAUAAUUUAACCCGUAUAACUGGUUUGUGCACGUUACGAUAUCACAAACAACAAAUAUUUGACAUCUUUGAAUUGUUAAAAUGUUGGAUGAGUGACAGGUCUUCUUCGAUGUGGAAAGAGUUGUCGACUGAGGUGGACAAACUACCUUCGCCCCGACAUCAAAAGAGGCCCUUUCACCCCUGAUGAAGAAGCCACCAUUGUUAGGCUCCAAGGCGAGCUUGGAAACAAGGUGGGCAGCCAUAGCAUCCCAUAUGCCAGGAAGAACGGACAAUGAGAUCAAGAACUUCUGGAACACUCACCUUAAGAAACGCCUCUCAACUCCCCCACCUGCUCUACCAAGCACCAACAUCAAGAUCGAGGGGGAUUCCUCUUCCCCGCUUGCAACUACUACUCGUCACAUUGCGCAAUGGGAGAGCACCAGGGUGGAAGCCGAGGCUCGCCUCUCCUCCUUGCGGCCAGGACAACAACAACAACAGCAGCAGCAACACAAGUUCGACCAGGACUACUAUCUCAAACUAUGGAACUCAGACAUCGGCAAAUCGUUUAGAGACAUCAACAAGGUCCAGAAAGAUGGCAGGGGAGGAGGUGGCUGCGAGAGCUCGACUUCACAAGCAUCUUCCCUCACGAAAUUGGGGUCUGGGUCUGUCGAUGAUGACACUCUCGCUACUACUACUCCCACUACUACUACGACGAAGACUUGUAAUGCAGCAGCCACCAUCAAGAGAAGCGCUUCUAGCGAGGCAAUCCACCACCAGCACGAGAUCGAGGGAGGGUUGUGCUACUACUACGAGGGAAUGGAGGAGACGAAACCGUGUCAUCUAGAUGUGAUGAUGAGUAGCUCGGAUUCCAUCACUUCGACGACGAACGAGUUCACGAAUUACUCGGACACGGCGCUGAAGCAGCUGCUGGAUAUCCCUGGUGGGAGUGGCCUGGAUUUCCUGGAGGAUGAGAGCGAUGACUUCAUUAACUUCCUUGACCUCAGAUGCGUCUGAGAAGAGAAUCUGAUGACAAAAAAAAGCUCACAUCUAAUCAACCCUAAGUCUCCCUUUUUGUUUAACCUUAUUAAGCUAGCGGUUUAGGUUCUUAACUGUGGUUUAGCCAUGAAUCAGGCUCUCCCCCACCACAUUUUAUCUCUGAGAAGACAGGAACAGCGGGAAUGGGAAAGCUGUUGGGGUGUGAAAAAACAAAGCACCCCUGUUUUGUUCCAAACAGAAUGACUGUCUUUUCUUUUUUUGAUUUUUCCCCAUCUUGUUGUAAGAUGUUGAAAAUGUGGCGGAAAGGUUGAAAACUUUGUGAAUUUAGGGUUCAUUGAAGAGUAAGGAGAUCCAGAAUGCAAGUUAUAUAAGAAAAUUCAUGAGUUUCGAGUUCGCUCAAUUCGGGAA